GUUCGGAAAUGUCAGCGUAGCAUGGCUCUGCAGCUCGUCUUGUAAAUAAACUGAUAUUGGCACUGAAUUAUUUACCAAACUCCUAUCUUGUAUUCAGUUGUGAGCUGCAAGUGGCACGUUCAUCUAAUGAGACGUCGGUAGUCACAAAGCUGUCCAGUAAUAGCAUCUAGUGUUAUAGUAACUGACGGUGGGGAAACGGUUGAAUUUUCCAGAUACUUUGUGUACAGUAGGCUGGGUGAAGUGCUAGCUGGUAGAACUGAAUCAGCGCUGGCGAGGGCAUUUGACAGAAGCAAGCAAGCAAAUCUACAGCAUACUAGUGGAAUACUUUUCGUGGUCUCUUGUGAGAUGUCAUCCUAAACAGACAGUCAAUCAUGCAAGUGUGCAGAUGAAGAAGGGAAACAUGAACGGAGCCCUUGUCACUGAGCCUUUGAUCGCCUUGCAACUGUAACACAACCCCCCCACCCGACCCCCACCCCCACCCCCGCCACCACCUCUCGUACUGUCGUGCCCCCUCGCCUUGCCUCGAUCCCCUGCGUGCUAUGCCCCAUCCGGCCCGUCACCACCAGCCUCACCCUCAGCCAUGAGUUCGGCCCUGUGGAGCCAGGAGAAGCCGGGGGGAGCCAGCGGCGGCGGUGGCGGCGGGGGUGGCGGCUGCUUCCGGGAGGACUGGCGCUUCUACAUGGUGGUGACGGAGUGCGUGGUGGAGAAGCCGCCGCAGAAGACCCUGCGCAUCCCGCGCGGCAGCCUGGGCCAGGCCUGCCAGGAGCGCAACAGCCUGGGACGCACGCUGCCGCCUGCCAAGGGCAAGCGGAGCCUGCGCCUCCUGGACCAGGCCAACGUGGUGCUGGGCCUGGACGAGCGCGACGUGCUGGAGCUGGAGGAGAAGCUGGCCGAGCUGCUGUUCCCCAUCACCAACUGCGAGGAGCGCUACAGCCUGCUGUGCAACGAGCCGCGGCUGGAGCGCGCGCGCCACAUCGACUGCGGCUCCAAGGUGCGCGUGCAGCUGCGCUCCGGCGACGAGCCGCUGCCGGGCGUGGUGCGCUUCAAGGGGUCGCUGCUGCCCGACCGGGCCCUCUCCGGCAUCUGGUUCGGCGUCGAGUUACUGGAGGAGGGCCGCGGCCAGGGCUUCACGGAGGGCUCGUACCAGGGCCAGCAGCUGUUCCGCUGCGAGGAUGAGUGCGGCGUGUUCGUGGCGGUGGACAAGCUGGAGCUGUGGGAGGACGAGGAGGACGAGCUGGGCGAGCUGGAGGUGGAGGCGGUCACCCUGGUGGACGGCAGCGAUCACGACUUCCCGCCGCUGGAGAUCAACUCGCGCGUGGUGGUGCAGACCCGCGAGGGCCCCGAGCGCGGCACCAUCAUCUUCUACGACCUGCUGCCCGGCAAUGAGAGCCUCGGAUACUACGUGGGCGUCGACAUGGACAAUCCUAUCGGGGACUGGGACGGCAUCUUUGACGGGAAGCUGCUGUGUAGCUUCGCCAGCCUCGAGCACACGCGCCUCGUGCCCGUCUGCGACGUGAUGCCAGAGUACUCCAUGCAGGACCAGAGGUCGUCCAAGCACAGCUUUGCCUCUCGGGGCAGCAGCAGUGACAAGUCCUCCUCUGGCCAGAGCAAACCAAAGAACAAAGGAUUAGGUCUGCAGUGUGGGAGUAGGAGCAAGUCUGAGUUUUAUUACACUUUAAAUGGCAGUUCAAUUGAUCACCCAGCCCAGUCCAAAUCCAAAAGCACAUGGUACAUUGAUGAAGUCGGAGAAGACCCUGCCAAGUCUCUCACAGACACUCCGCCCGACUUCAAUCAGGCGUCGCCGCCCUCCCGCGUCGCCCCCUCCACCACCUCGCUCACCAGCGACCAGAAGUUCCACUCGCUGCCCUUCAGCCUUAGCCGCAAGAGUGGCCCCAACGGCAGCAUGAGCCAGGGCCCGCUCUCGCUGUCCGUGCAGUCGGUGCGUGCCGACCAGCCUGACCAGCAGCUCCAGCAGCAGCAGCAGCAACAGCAGCAGCAGCUGGGCCAGCAGACGCCACCCUCCAUCAGCGCCUCCUCCCCCAGGCAAGCCUCUCCAUCGCGGGGUCAGCCGCGUCUGGAAGUGGGCUCCCUGGUGGAGGUGAAGGAGAACCCGCCGCUGUGCGGGGUCAUCCGCUGGGUGGGGCUGCCGCCGGGCCUGGAGGAACCACUGGCGGGGCUGGAGCUGGAGGAGGAGUGCGUGGGCUGCACGGACGGCACGUUCAAGGGCACGCGCUACUUCUCCUGUCCGCCCAAGAAGGCGCUGUUCGUCAAGCUCAAGUGCUGUCGACCCGACUCUCGCUUCCCCUCGCUGCACCACUCUGCUAACCCCAUCGAGCGCUGCAACUCCAUCGCGUUUGGCGGCUACCUGAGCGAGGUGGUGCAUGAGAACACGCCCCCGCGCACGGAGAACGACGGGCUGGAGGUGAUGGUGGGCAAGAAGAAAGGCAUCCAGGGCCACUACAACUCCUGCUACCUAGACUCAACACUCUUCUGUUUGUUUUCGUUCAGCUCUGUGUUGGAUACAGUACUGCUGAGGCCGCGGGCCAAAACUGAUGUGGAGUAUUACAAAGAGACACAGGAGCUACUGCGCACAGAGAUCGUCAACCCCCUGCGCAUACACGGCUAUGUGUGUGCGACAAAAAUCAUGAAACUCAGGAGGAUUCUGGAGAAAGUGGAGGCGGCGUCUGGAUUCACCUCAGAGGAGAAAGAUCCAGAGGAAUUCCUCAACAUCCUGUUUCAUCACAUCCUGAGAGUGGACCCACUGCUCAAACUUCGGUCGGCAGGGCAGAAGGUGCAGGACUGUUAUUUCUACCAGAUCUUCAUGGAUAAGAAGGACAAGGUGCUCGUGCCCACCAGCCAGCAGCUGUUGGAGUGGUCCUUCAUCAACAGCGAUCUCAAAUUUGCAGAGGCUCCUUCCUGCCUUAUAAUCCAGAUGCCUCGCUUCGGGAAGGACUUCAAAAUGUUCAACAAGAUCUUCCCCUCCCUGGAGCUCGACAUCACAGACUUACUUGAAGACACUCCUAGGGAGUGCCGCAUCUGUGGGGGUCUGGCCCUAUACGAGUGCAGAGACUGUUACGAGGACGGUGACAUCACAGCUGGGAAAAUCAAGCAGUUCUGUGAAAAGUGCAAUACCCAGGUUCACCUCCACCCACGGCGAAAGUCCCACCGGCACGGCAAGCUGUCCGUGCCCAAGGAGCUGCAGGAGGGGGUGUGGCGGCAGGGCCAGGGCCCGGGCCCAGGCAGCUUCCCCCACCAGCGGAUGGAGCUGUUCGCCGUGCUCUGCAUCGAGACCAGUCACUACGUGGCCUUCGUCAAGUAUGGCGCCGCAGACUCCGCCUGGCUCUUCUUCGACAGUAUGGCCGACCGCGACGGGGGCCAGAACGGCUUCAACAUCCCGCAGGUGUCUCCGUGUCCGGAGGUGGGGGCCUACCUGAAGAUGAGCCCCGAGGAGCUCCACGCCCUGGACCCCAAGAACAUCCAGGGCUACGCACGCCGCCUGCUGUGCGACGCCUACAUGUGCAUGUACCAGAGUCCCACCAUGAGCCUCUACAAGUGAAGACCGACCCACAUCCUCAUCCCACACACUGUACAUCACACACACACACACACACACACACACACACACACACACACACACACACACACACACACACACACACACACACACACACACACACACACACACACACACACACACACACGUGAACAUACGAUCAGUCCCACCAUGAGCCUCUACAAGUGAAGACCCACAUCCCAUCCCGCAUACUGUACAACACACACACACACAUUCACGUCAACAUACACAGGAACUCCACACACACACUCGUAUGAUACACACACACAAACCCAUACACACCUCUACUACACUGAUACACUCUAAGAGAAAUGAGGUGGUUCUCGAGGCGCGAGGAGGAGGAAGAGGAAGGGUGGUUGAAUGUGGAGUGUUGCCUAUAAAAACUGACAUUCCUCCCUCCUCUCCACCACUCUCUACUCCUCUACUUCCUCUUCCUCCUCCUCCUCCUCCUCCUCCUCCUCCUCUCAGAAAAAAAGACAACCCUCUCUUCAAUGCCUUGCCUGCAUCGCUGUCCAUGUGUAGAUAAUUUCAAAAAAAGAGAAACGAACACAAGGGUAAAAGAGGAAGGAAGGAAGGAAGACACUGACGAUGAUGAUGAUGAUGAUGAAAGAUAAAAGAAGAGGAGAGAGAGAGGGAAGAGGACAAAAACAAGAAGCCUAUUUGCACUGUGUGUUGUGUUGAAGUGUUGUUCUUCUCUUCAUGUUUUCCCUCCAUGAGUAAACACAAGUCACCCCCAGUGGACUGUCACUAUCUCCAGUGCCGGAAGGGGGGCAGGCUUGAGUGAGUGCUUCUCCCGUGCGAAGAGAAGAGAAGAGGGGAGGUGUUGGGGAGUAGUA